AUGUUGCCCUGCUUAUGUUGAGACACUGAUCCAGCACAAAGUAGGUUCUGGCUUGGCUUAAUUUGUCAAAAAUAUCGUGGUGGUUGUGGUUUCAUGCUUAUGCUUAUUUUUUACCAUCCUUUUUUCCAGUUUGUCGUCAAAUCCUUUGUUAGAGCUGACGUUUCAUACAUUGUCCGCCACAACAACGAUGUUACCAGCAUUGUGUCAUGCAGUUAUGCCGAUUAUUGUCUUCACCUGAUCCCUUGCAAGCACAUGUACCUGGUUCAGAGGCUCUAUAAAAGUGUGAGGGUAUCCUAUUCCGGUGAGCCUGCGAUUGAAUCUGCCAUUGAACCUGCCGUCGCUCAGGAGCAACAUGUCCAGAACAUGGAUUUUUCGGACCAGAUUUGGAGGCAGGAUUAGCGCCAUUACUCCGUUUGCAACUCGACCGGAAAAGGGCAGCAGAGCAGGAAUUCGAAAGAGUUGCCAGAGAAGUGGCGACCAGACAAGAGUUUGAGGAUAAUGAGGGUUUAUUAAUGGGGUUGAUGAAGCAAAUGGGCGCCGCAGUGGAGGCAAGAAAGAAAAGGAAAUGAACACUCGAGUGCCUCAAAUCUGUUGUGGCGACCACAAAAAA